AUGUCCCAUUUUGUGUGCAAGACCUGUGGCAAAGAGGGCGCCUUUGGCGGCAAAUAUAGUGCUAUCGGCUGCGCAACUUGGAGAAAGUUUACCUCACCGUGCCCUCCAUGCGUCAAGCUAGACAUUUUGGAUCGCCAGAUUUCCGAAACCAAGGCCUUUCUGAACCACUUAGAGGCACACCGUGGCAUCUUGAAAACCGGCAUAAACGAAGCCCACGACCCUUUUACAAAGCUACUUCCGACUGAGGUCACGUCGCAGAUCUUCCAACUCUGCGUGAAUGAAGAAGACUUGGAUUCAGGCCUUGAGUCGUGGCCCCUUCACCGCGUCCCGUUCACUCUUUCUGCGGUGUCCAAACGCUGGCAAGCCGUCGCAAAGUUGAAUACCUCAUUAUGGACUGUCAUCCAUCUCCGCCUUGAUCCAGGUCAGACUCCGGGUCUGAGCAAGGAGACGUUGGAUGACUGGCUCUCACGCUCGAGCCCCCACCCACUCACCAUUCAAUUGCAUAUUCAGUACUGCCACUCACGAGAUUUUUCGUGGAGGGCCUUUUGUCGUUCUAUCAUCAGCACCCUCAACAGCUACUCUACGAGAUGGGGUGGCAUCUCUUUGAAGAUACCUGAAAAUCUGCUGCCUUUCUUCCAAGCAGACAUACCUGGUACGCCACUUCUUCGAAGCCUCUCCAUCGAACGCACCUUCCCGGGUGAUUUUGGCGAUCAGGACGACACGACGUUCACAUUCGAUCUCAAAACCACCCUUCCAGCCCCCAACUCCGUCUCUCUAUCUGGGUACCAGCUUCGCGUGGCCCACAUCGACUGGAGCAAUGUCACACGAGCUGAUAUUUCUGGUCUCACUGCGCAUGAAGCUCUGAAGAUGCUCCACUUGGCACCUGAAAUGCGCGAGUGUACCUUGCGUAAUAUCGACGAAGAAGGGAGCAUCCACCAGCUCCAUGGCCAAAAUAUUGUUCACACCAAUCUCACCACACUUGAUGUGCAUAUCAUCAUCGAUCAAAUAUCCCUAUUCUUUGGCCACCUCACCGCUCCUUCUUUGAAGAAUUUGAGCUACGAGUGCCCUGGUGAAUCCUUGGAACCCGUAAUGGCAUUCCUCCGGCGUUCGUCAUGCCCACUAAUUACCUUCACUCUCUUCCACGAGGAGUGCAUGUUAAUCCACGACCACGAGCAUCUUGAACUCCUCAGAACCGUACCAACGCUCAGAACUUUAAAAAUCUAUGAUUUUGACAUCUUUGACAAGUUCUUUGAACUCCUGGAGCAACCGAACUCCUAUGACGAGGAGAAUGACGACGAAUGCCUCUUCUUGCCUUCCCUUACCUCCUUGUUCUUGGACUGCCAGUAUGGCGCCUUCAAGUUCUCAUGGCCUGCCAUUUACAGAAUGAUAGCAGCGAGGGUUUCUCCGGAAUGGAAGAAAAAAGGCCGAGGGGUGCUCGCGCGAGUAGAGGUGCAUCUGUGUUUCAACGAAGGUGGCAAUGGAUGCUACAUUGACGAGGAAAGUUUGGAAGGUUUCCAGCGCCUGAUCGACGAUGGUGUAGAAAUAGUUCUACGUAAUCAAAUGCCGGAGGAGGACGUCAUCGCGUACUCGAAGAGAUACCACGCAGAUAUGAAGGCGGAGAGAAUGGAGAUUAGGGAUUGGUGA